AAAAAAAGAGAAAAAAAAAACCAUACUGAGAAAAUUAAGAGAAAAAAAAUAACAAACAUGGCUGCCUGUGGAAGCCUUCAGCACAUCUUUGAGAAUCCAUUACCUGAAAGUCCAACAUUUCUUGAGUCUUUAUCUCCAUGGAAGGCAAUCAAGAACAUGAAACCUGUGGAGAAUUGUACUUUCCAAGAGAUUUUCGGGGAGCUGCAUUUUAAGGAAAGGAAUCACCCUGUUGUUGUUGUUGAUGUUGAUGAUCAUUCUUCUUCCUCUGCUUUAUCUGAAUCCAUUAUAUCUCCUUCUCCAUCCUCUUCCUCCUCGUCCUCGAUAUGGCGAUCUUCCUCUUCCUCUGUUUCUCAGCAUUUGCCAUCAUUCUCAGGAGAUGGAAUUGAAAUCAGCCCAACAAACAACAACAAGAAUAAUGAUGAUGAAAGAAGCAAAUCCCCUGUUACAUCAAGUUGCUGUUAUUAUCCCUCUACCACCAGCCAGAAGAAACAUUACAGGCAUAGUGAUAGCUUUUCUUCCAUGAAUUCAGAGAGUUUAUCAUUGUGUACAGAGGGUCUUGGAUUUGAAAGCUGUGAUGAUGUUGAGGAUUUAGGGAAUAAUAACAAUACUAAUACUUUUAAUGAGGCGGGUUUUGAUUUUCAGCCAAUUCAUGAUCAGGAGAAGGUAUGUUUGUCAAGACAAUCAUCUCAUCCGCCUGUUGCUGAAAGUUAUUGUUCUAAAAGAUCAAGAACAAAUAAAGGUGCAAGCUUUCCACCACCUAUUUCUUGCAUAGGCAGGACAGGGAAGCCAUGGGUUUGUUUCAAAUCAUACAGGCAAGAUGGCAGAUUCAUACUUCAGGAAAUCAGAUUCCCAAUUCAGGAGUUUCUGCAUGCGUGCAGAGAAGAUGGACGCCUGAGGUUGCAAUAUAUCCAGUCAGAUGAUGAAAUCCUUGAAGGAGAUGAAGAUGAAGAAGACGAUGAAGACGAAGAUGAUGAUUCUUUUGAUGAUGUUAAGGAUGUAAAUGAAGAGAAAAUAGGCAAUGAUUUAGAUGAUGAUGAUGACAAUCAUGAACAUCAUCAACAAGGUGAUGAUGAAGAUGCAGAUGCAGAUGAUGAAGCUGUUCAGAUGGGCAACAAUGAUGUCCAAGAUGAUAGCUCAGAAUAGGUAGAUGAUUGAAAAUAAACCCUCAACUUUUAUUCUUCAGGAUUGUUUUGAUUAUUUCUGCCUGCCAAGAAAACUUCAUGGCAGGAAAAUUGCUGUGGAGAUCUUAAUUUGCAAAUAAAUAGAACAUUCAAAUAGGUUGUUGACGAUGAUGGAUCUUUGUUAGAUCUUUACGAAUUGAUUUUAGUUUCCCUUAUGCAUAUCUUUCCUCAUUGAAAUGGCAAAUCCUCUGUUUUUCCAUACCACUUUUAAGUUUUAACUGCAAUAAGUUCAACAAAAUUGAACCAAUUUUCUCACCAUCUCUCUGAUAUUGU